AAUAUUUCAAGUCGCUUCAGCAGGACUUUGUGACCACUGUACUCCGCGAUGGCAAUGACCAGCAUCCUCAAGUCUGACGACAUCAAGAAAGCCCUAGACGCGUUCGCAGCUGCCGACUCUUUUGACCAUAAGAAGUUCUUCGAGAUGGUGGGCUUGAAGGCUAAGUCUACUGAGGAUGUGAAGAAGGCCUUCCUAGUGCUCGAUGCCGACAACAGUGGCUUCAUAGAGGAAGAGGAGCUCAAAUUCGUGCUGAAGGGGUUUGCCACAAAUGGCAGGGACCUGACAGACAAAGAAACCAAAAGCUUUUUAAAAGCAGCCGAUAAGGAUGGAGACGGCAAGAUUGGAGUCGAAGAGUUUACCACCUUGGUGAAAGAGUAA